AUUCUUCCACACCACACUGCCCCUCUCUGGAAACCUGGACACACCAACUGAAACCAGCGACGCAUCCAGCUUAGUCUCUCAACCAUGGCAGGCGCGCUCAAGGCAAUGGCGUUCUUCGUUCUCGGUUUCAUUCUUGCUGCUGCCCAGCCUGGAGGCAUGGGCCCGGGAAUGGGGGGUCCAGGCGAACCCGGAGGCCCCGGAGGCCCCGGAGGACGCGGCGGCUGUCCGUUGAAUCUGACGGUGGUGGGCAACCUCACAGGCCACGUGUCCGCGGCCUUCGCCAACUGCUCCUCCUCCGCAUCUCCCGCGGCGCCUGGCGCGUUCUUCCUGGACGUGUUCAAGAACGCGUCGGGGAACUACAACCUGUUCUUCGGAGCGCUGCUGCUCGACGUCUCCGGCGCGCCCCCCGACUCGCUCGCCAUCAUGCAGGGCGCCGGGUGCGACUCCUCUGCCGCCCAGCUGCUGUCUCUGCCGGCCGCUGCUGAGAACUGGGUGGCACACUCGGGAUGGUGGCUGCUGCGCGCCGAAGCCCACCUGCAGGGCUUCGUUGAGGACGCGGACGCCACUGCAGUGGAGGCGAUCCUCUCCGGUGUGCCCAACGCCACGCUGCCUGCCCCCCCUGCCAACGGCACCAUGCCCUUCCCUCCCGUAGGCGGCUUCGGGCAGUUCCCCCCAAAUGGGAGCUUCAACGGCACUUUCGCACCCAACGGCACCAUGAACGGCGGCUUCCCCUUUCCUCCUCAUAUGGGCCCUCCCCCUAAUGGCACCUUCAACGGCACCCUGCCUCCCGCCUUCAAUGGGACGUUCAACGGUUCCUUCCCCCCUCCUCUCAACGGCUCCUUCCCCCUCCUCCCAACGGCACCAACAUCGCAGCACCUGGCAGCCUGCCUGCGCCUGUUGCUUUCUCGCCCAUGAUGGGCAGGAGGCUGCUGGGGCUGUUCUGGCCCGUCAGCAGCACCCAGGAGGAGACAGUGCCUGCUAGCGAGGCUGCUUCUGGCAAGGAUGACGGGCAGGACAGCGGCAUGUUCUCCUCCCUGGCCAAGGCAACUGCCGCACUCUUCCCCGGAAGCGACGGCACCUCCCUGCCACUGUGACGCCCGAGGCAGCUGCAGCCGCGGUGACAGCAGCAGUGAAUGCGUCCGGGCUGGCAGUGCUAGCAGUGAACAGUGACUCGGGCAUGCAGUGGGGCGGCAAUCUGGUGGGCUUCCAGGGUGGCCCGGGAGGACCCAUGGGGGCUGUGGGGCAGCCUUAGGACCCCAGUGGCCGGGCCGGCAUGGUGCUUGAUGGAAGGGUAGGAGCCUGGCUGCAAUGGCAUCAGCAUGGGCAGAGUUGGCAUCAGGCAUUGUGUUCACAUCAGCAGCUUGUGUGUGAGUGUGUGCGUGUGUGCUUGCCAUGGCAGAGAGAAAUUGGUAGCGUACGUGCCGUUGGGAUGGGGAAGCGGGUCCAGGAGGGGUUGGUUGCCAUGCAUGUACUUGUGCUGUUUGAGAUGAGUACCGUGCGAAAAAAAUAUUCACACCGUAU